CAAAAUGCCAGAACGUAAACAAAAAUGGUAGAUCCGUUGAGUUUACUCCGUAAAUACAAUGUCAAUAAAAAAGAAAUUAUCAAACGAGAUGGACAGAUUAUAAUUGGUGAAUUUUCGUGGCCCAAAAAUGUUAAGACUAACUACAUUAUUUGGGGUUCUGGCAAAGAUGAAACCCCAAAAGAAUAUUAUACGCUGGAAUGUUUGCUUUUUAUAUUAAAAAACGUAUCUCUCGUUCAUCCGGUGUAUGUGAGACGGGCGCAUGCGGAGAAUAUACCAGUAGUGAGAAGGCCGGAUCGUAAAGAGUUGCUAGCAUAUUUAAAUGGAGAAAUAACAAGUUGCCCUUCUAUCAAUAAGAGUGCACCUUUUGAAAUACCUACACAGGUCAAAAAAUCUGCUGAUUACGAUGGACCUGAAAGUAUGGCUAAGAAGCCUCGCUUUGAGGAUACACAUGUGCAGAUGUGUGAGAAACUGGCUGUGAGGUUAGAUGCACCUAAAGAAGCUUCCGUAACAGUAGAUAAUGUUAAGACGCUCUCAGAAGUUAUGUCUGCUGAAAAAAUUGCUGCUAUUAAAGCAAAACGUUUAGCCACAAAGCGAACCACUAUUAAGGGAAACAAUGAUAUUGGGCAAGAGUAUGAUUUUAGAGCUAUGUUAGACUUGGAUUCUGACAUUGCAAAGAAUAUUAUAAGUUGUGAGAGGCAAUGGGGAACGAGUACAAGAAUUUUACAGUCAACGGAUAAUUACUAAAUAUUCAGGAGAAAUAUGUCUAAAUAGUGGCAGACUAGAGCUGAUUUAACUAUUUCAACAUGUGAUUGUUAUAAGUUUCAUUAAUUAACUAAAUAUGUGCAGAAUACUACGUCUAAUAAAAAUCUUGAUAACACUGAAAAGUCUUAUAGCUGUUUUAGAUGGAGACUAGAUAAGAAGCUCGAACUCAUAUGGGAAAAUUGACAAAAUUUGUCCAAGAAAUGGCAGAAGUUGGGGUGGCGCUAGUGUUCCAUAUGUCCCAAAUGAAUGUAGCAAAAUAAAUACGAGUGAACAGCAUCAACUGCAAGAGCAUCCACUACACCAACAACAACAUAUGCAGCUGCUACAACAAGAGCAAAAGUUACAACAACAACAA